GGUGUUGAGGACCAGCUUGGUGGUGGUAGCGGCCAUAUUGGUGGUGUCAGUGUUAUCACGGGAGACUAUGGCGAGCACCAACCAUGUCAUCUGUUACUACGCCUCCUGGGCACACUACCGCCAAGGUCAGGCCAAGUACACAGUGGAGGACAUCCCCGUGGACCUGUGCACUCACCUCGUCUACGCCUUUGCCAUCCUCGACCCCAAGACCUUCCUGGCUAAACAACACGACCCAUGGCUGGACAACGACCUCAAGAACUAUGAUAAAUUCACCCAACUGAAGAAUAAGAAGCCCGACCUGAAGGUGCUGCUGGGUUUGGGUGGGUGGAAUGACUCCCGCAGCAACAAGUACACUCGGCUGGUGGCAGAUGCUGGACUACGGCGUAAAUUCGUGGAGGAGGUGGUCAAGCUGCUGCUCCAGUACAACUUUGAUGGUCUUGACCUGGACUGGGAGUACCCGGGGUAUGAGGGAAGCCCCAGUGAUAAACAAGGAUUUACUGCUUGGCUGGAGGACCUCAAGUCAGCUUUCAGGCCUCAUAAUUUGCUGCUGACAUCAGCAGUCAGUGCUGGUCGACGCACUAUUGACCGUGGCUACGACAUCCCAAAAGUUGCUAAGCUGCUGGACCUGAUCCACCUGAUGUCCUAUGACUUCCAUGGGUCGUGGGAGAACAAGGUAGCCCAUCACUCGCCCCUGUACGCUGAGGCUGGUCAGAACCCUGAGCUGUGUACUGACUUCGCCGUCAACUACUGGAUCAAGAAAGGUGCUCCAGCUCACAAGAUAGUUAUUGGUGUGCCUCUGUAUGGACGAUCAUGGACACUGGCAGGGGCUGAAAACUUCCCAGGGGCGGCUGCUAGAGGUCCUGGACAACAGGGCCGCUACAUCAAGGCCUCUGGCAACAUGGCUUUCUUUGAAUGCUGUCUGGCUCAUCAAAAGGAAGGCUGGACAAAAGUGACUGGUGAAGGAGGACCUUACAUAACUAAAGGCGAUCAGUGGGUGGGCUAUGAUGAUGUUGAUGCAGUUGUGAAAAAAGCAGAAUAUGUGGCCUCUCGAGGCUUAGGUGGUAUUAUGGUGUGGGACACAGCGACCGAUGACUUUGGGAACUACUGUGGUCUUGGUCACAACCCUCUCCUGACAGCCAUUGCCAAAACUCUUAAUGGCAGCACAACCAGCACUUCACUCACAUCUCUGGACAGGAGACCCUCAAGACCUCAGGCAGGAUCUUCACAAAAGCUGCCGCCAGGAAACGAGAAAACUAAAGGUGUUGGGAGCCACGGUAAACAAGAUACCAUCAACACUGCUGGCACAAACACUAUUGGUGGUGGUACUUCUGGAAGAAAGAACUCAAAUGUAGAAAGAGUGAAAAAUAACAGAAAUAAUGUUGAAACCACGACAAAACUCUUCUACCCUUGGCAAGCGUGGCCAUUCUUCAGCCAGGCCAAUGAGAAGAAACAAGACUUCAACUCAAUUUCUCCCACGGCAGUUUCUCGUUUCACUUCUCGGCCGUCCUCUUCAUCCUAUCCCAACUUCAAGUUAAUAUUUACAACUACCACUCCUCCUCCGUUAACUCCAUCUCGCUUUAAUUUUCAAUCACCUCAUUCAUUUUCCCCUUCUCGCUUCACUUCUCGGCCGUCCUCUUCACCUUAUCCCGACUUUAAAUCAAUAUUUACAACUACCACACCACCGUUAUCCCCAUCUCGGUUUGAUUUUCAGUCACUAUCAUCUUCGCCUUCUAAGUUCACUUCUUGGCCUUCCUCUUCAUCUUCCUCUUCUCGGCCAUCCUCUUCACCUUACCCCGACUUUAAAUCAAUAUUUACAACUACCACACCUCCA